CCUUCAGCCCUUCAGCAGACCCAAGAACCCCCAGCUGAGACUAAGCAGCCUCAGCACCAGGCUUGGGGAGCCAAGUCGGUCUCUGCCUUUUCUCUUCAAGAGGGAGGGAAAAGUUUCAGAGAAACAGAAGGUGCUAGAAAGCCCAGGGCCCCGGAGCAGACCGAGUCACCGGCUGCUCCUCCAAGGGCGCAGCUGGGGGAGCAAGCUUCAUGCUGUCGAGAGGGGAUUGGCCGGAGAGGGCCCCUCCGGCCCCGCCCAGCCCGGGAGCCUUUUCCCCACCGGCCCCGCCAGCUCCCGUUACACUUCUUGGCUGUUCGCGUGCAGCAGGACGUGCGAGACUCCCGGCUUCAAGACUCUCUUCCAAGACAAAGGAUGGCCAGUGCCUUCUCCAAGUUGCUAACUGGUCGCAAUGCUUCUUUGCUAUUUGCUACCUUGGGCACCAGUGCUCUGACCACUGGGUACCUGCUGAACCGGAAGAACAUUUUUGCUGAGUCACGGGAGCAGCACAGGCUCUUCCCUCCAAGUGCAGACUACCCUGAUCUGCGCAAACACAACAACUGCAUGGCAGAGUGCCUCACCCCAGCCAUCUACGCCAAGCUCCGCAACAAGGUGACACCCAACGGCUAUACCCUGGACCAGUGUAUCCAGACAGGAGUGGACAAUCCUGGCCACCCCUUCAUUAAGACUGUGGGCAUGGUGGCUGGUGACGAGGAGUCCUAUGAGGUGUUUGCUGACCUUUUUGACCCAGUCAUCAAACUGAGGCACAAUGGCUAUGACCCCAGGGUGAUGAAGCACCCUACUGAUCUGGAUGCAUCCAAGAUCACCCAAGGCCAGUUUGACGAGCGCUACGUGCUGUCGUCGCGGGUGCGCACCGGCCGCAGCAUCCGCGGGCUGAGUCUGCCGCCCGCCUGCAGCCGGGCGGAGCGGAGGGAGGUGGAGAACGUGGCCAUCACGGCCCUGGAGGGCCUCAAGGGGGACCUGGCCGGUCGCUACUACAAACUGUCAGAGAUGACGGAGCAGGACCAGCAACGGCUCAUCGACGACCACUUUCUGUUUGAUAAGCCAGUGUCCCCUUUACUAACAUGUGCUGGGAUGGCCCGUGACUGGCCAGAUGCCAGGGGAAUCUGGCAUAAUCAUGACAAGACAUUUCUCAUCUGGAUAAAUGAGGAAGACCAUACCAGGGUAAUCUCCAUGGAAAAAGGAGGCAAUAUGAAAAGAGUGUUUGAGCGAUUCUGUCGUGGGCUAAAAGAAGUAGAACGGUUAAUCCAAGAACGGGGCUGGGAGUUCAUGUGGAAUGAGCGCCUGGGAUACAUCCUGACUUGCCCCUCCAACCUUGGAACAGGAUUACGAGCUGGUGUCCAUGUUAGGAUACCAAAGCUCAGUAAGGACCCUCGUUUUUCUAAGAUCCUGGAGAACCUAAGACUCCAGAAGCGUGGCACAGGUGGUGUGGACACUGCAGCAGUGGCAGAUGUGUAUGAUAUUUCCAACACAGAUCGAAUUGGUAGAUCUGAGGUUGAGCUUGUUCAGAUCGUCAUCGAUGGAGUCAAUUACCUGGUGGAUUGUGAAAAGAAGUUGGAGAGAGGCCAAGAUAUUAAGGUGCCUCCACCUCUGCCUCAAUUCAGCAGGAAGUGAACUUUUCCUUCCCCAAUUUAUAAAUAAUCUGUCUGCUGGUAUGACAGACAUAAAGAAAUCUCUACACUGAGAGUUUUUGUAAAGUUGUAAAAUAUAAAAUUGUAGGUCUUAUCUUGACAAUAAAAUUCUCCUUAAUAUUGCUG